GUUUACUCCGUCAGUUGUGUGACACACAUUGGGCAAUCGAUUGCCCGAUCGGGAGCGUACACGAUUCCAGGACACGACCAACGAAAAUCAACUCUUUCACAAGAUGCCACUCAAGCGAUAGCACCGGCAAUAGCAUUAGAAUUAGUCGCUCACAAGCAAUAUGUACGGCAACCGAAGUGUGAUAUCAGUUCGCGAGAGCUAUAGCAAUAUGUUUCCUUUGCGUUUGAUUUUUCGAUUUGCAUGUGAUAACCUCGAUAUGUGAUAUGAUGAUAUACUCUAAAGACAAUGUUGAUCCGCAUACAAAGUAAUGUGAUUUGAUGGACAGUGUACAAAAAGCGACAACAUGCCAGGGGGAAGGAGAGGUCUUGUCGCUCCGCAAAACACUUUUCUGGAGAAUAUUAUAAGGAGAUCGAACUCUCAACCUGAUAGCAGUUUUUUAUUGGCGAACGCACAAAUAGUGGACUACCCGAUAGUGUAUUGCAACGAAUCUUUCUGCAAGAUUUCCGGCUACAACCGAGCAGAAGUCAUGCAGAAAUCGUGCAGAUGCGUUUUCAUGAUAGGAGAGCUGACAGAUAAGGAGACAAUCACGAGGGUGGAUCAAGUUUUGGAGCACCAGUUGCACGAUCAGUUCGAAAUACUUUUAUACAAGAAGAAUAAAACCCCACUAUGGCUCCUAUUGCAGAUAUCGCCAAUCAAAAACGAAAGAGAUUUGGUCGUUCUAUUUCUAUUGACCUUCAGAGACAUCACAGCAUUGAAGCAGCCGAUAGAAACAGAAGAUACAAAAGGCGGUUUAGGAUUAUCAAAGUUCGCGAAGCUGGCACGUUCCGUAACGAGGAGUCGAUCAGUCUUGGUGUCUCAGUUUUCUUCACACCUUCCCAACCUCAAGGACACCACCAAGCAGUCACAUCUGGCACAAGUGCCGUACAACGUGGCCUUCAAGAACAAAACUUCAGAGGACGUCUCCCUCUUGGUGGUGGACUCCAUAGUGGAUGUGAUAUUUUUCAUCGAUAUAGUUCUGAAUUUUCAUACGACGUUCGUCGGACCAGGCGGAGAGGUCGUUUCUGAUCCGAAGGUCAUCAGGAUGAACUACCUGAAGAGCUGGUUCAUCAUCGAUCUGCUGAGCUGCCUGCCCUACGACGUGUUCAAUGCGUUCGACCAUGACGAAGAUGGAAUUGGCAGCUUAUUCAGCGCCCUGAAAGUAGUCCGCCUACUUCGAUUGGGCCGCGUAGUACGAAAAUUAGACCGAUAUCUGGAGUACGGUGCUGCGAUGCUCAUCUUGCUGCUGUGCUUCUACAUGUUGGUAGCUCACUGGCUCGCCUGCAUUUGGUAUUCGAUCGGUCGCUCUGACGCUGAUAAUGGUGUACAGUACAGCUGGCUGUGGAAGCUGGCGAACAUCACGCAGAACCCGUAUUCGUACGUAUGGCCCAACGACUCCAGCACGCCGGAGCUGAUCAAUGGUCCGUCGCGCAAGACCAUGUACGUGACGGCUCUGUACUUCACCAUGACCUGCAUGACGUCGGUGGGGUUCGGGAACGUGGCUGCGGAGACGGACAACGAGAGGAUAUUCACCAUUUGCAUGAUGAUCAUUGCCGCCUUACUAUAUGCAACGAUCUUCGGUCACGUGACCACCAUCAUACAACAAAUGACGUCAGCGACCGCCAAAUACCACGAUAUGCUGAGCAACGUCAGAGAAUUCAUGAAGCUGCACGAGGUUCCGAAAGCCUUAUCAGAGAGAGUGAUGGACUAUGUCGUAUCCACUUGGGCGAUGACCAAAGGCUUGGACCAAGACAAGGUCCUCAAUUUUUGCCCGAAAGACAUGAAAGCGGACAUAUGCGUCCACCUGAAUCGAAAAGUAUUCAACGAACACCCAGCCUUUCGACUGGCUUCCGACGGAUGCCUGAGAGCCCUGGCGAUGCACUUCACCAUGUCCCAUUCUGCACCAGGGGACCUUUUGUACCACACGGGAGAGUCCAUAGACUCUCUUUGUUUCAUCGUGACGGGGUCUCUGGAGGUCAUCCAGGAUGAUGAGGUCGUCGCCAUUUUGAGCAAAGGAGACGUUUUUGGUGAUUCAUUUUGGAAAGACAAUGCCGUCGGCCAAUCAGCUGCAAACGUCCGAGCGUUAACCUACUGUGAUUUACAUACAAUUAAACGAGACAAACUGUUAGAAGUACUAGAUUUUUAUCAAGCUUUCGCUAAUAGCUUCGCGCGUAACCUUAUUCUAACCUAUAAUUUGAGACAUCGAUUGAUAUUUAGGAAAGUAGCGGAUGUCAAGAGGGAAAAGGAAUUAGCUGAACGUAGGAAAAACGAGCCUCAGCUAGAUCAAAACCAAGACCACCUAGUGCGUAAGAUUUUCUCAAAAUUCCGGAGAGGAGGCCAAGUUACCACGCCAACAAGCAACUCGGACGUGGAAAAAGGGAAGGAGAUAUCCAAAGUGCUGUCGUCCACUAAGUUGUCUGCAGUUGCCGAAAAGGACGGUAGUAGUGCGAAUGGUGUCAAAACUACUCUCACGAAACCAGCACCAGUUCCAGUGAGAGCGGGCAAAUGGGGCCGCCUUUUAGGCUCCGGCAGCCUGGACUCCAGCUCGGACACGUCCACCGCCACACCAGGCUUCACCAGGAGCCUGAGCGCCAAGGACCCCAAGGAGCGACCCGGCUCCCAAUCCUCGGGGGGCGCGGGGGCGGCUCCCAGUUCCGGAUCGGGCAACAAGGUCUUCCCCAAGCUGCAGAAGGUGUCGGCAGCUUCGACGCCGGCGGGUUCCAGGCAGGACACCAUCGACGAGAUGGUGGAACUGCCGCAGUCAAGGAACUUGUCGCUGAGGAAAAUGCAGAGCUAUGAUUGCGGACUCAGAGACCCUUCUAGUGCCACCAUGUAUCAACCAUCCGUCCCAGAUCAGAUAACCAUGACUGAGUACAAGGAGCUGAUGACCAACCUAAUGGAUUUCAAGGUAGACGUGAAACUGGAGAUCCAGAAGCUGAACCAAAAAAUGAACAGGAUAGAAGAGAUGGUUUCGGAACUGGUGAGGCGACUGUCGCCUGAAUGCAGUUCUAGUUCCCAAUCGCCCAACGAAUCUUUCUCGAGAAACAUGUCUUCCACAAACGCGACCUCGGAAAAGGUCACCAACGUAUCGCAAAGGACCGAAGGCACUGGUAUAGGGCCCAUUAUUCUGAAGAAACGGAAAACGAGGGCCCGAAUUCGUGGUGUACCGCAGACAUCGGAGUCUGAAUUCUAUCUGGUUGAGCAAUCUGUUCGGAUCGCCAGCUAUGACCCUUUGGCGAUGCUCUUGAAAAAGCUCUUCACCUCUGACUUGAACGCACUCCAUACUCCAUAUAUGUUCAAUCGAAUUCAACAAAGGGCUAUAAGGUGCCAAUCUGCAAAAUAUAACAUUCCUCCAUGCAUAUCUCUUCUAUUUUUGAAUGUGCAGGUCGCAUCAACGAGUAGUGAAAAACUAUCACCCCCUGGCAGCUCCCCCACCAGUCCAGUGGAACCCAAGCCCAUGCUGGACGAAUCAGUUCAAAAACUCUCCCUGCGGAAACCGAAAGACUUUGUUUAG